AAUGAAUCAGCUUGAUCUUUGCUCUUGAAUGCUGGGACAUCAGUCCAGCUUAUUCACAUUACAUCUCUUAAUGUGGAGAGGGGUGGCACUGAUGCCACUGUCAAUGUGUGUGUGCAGAGAGAGAGAAACAGAGUGAGAGGAGGAGAGAGAAGAGAGAGCGAGAAGUGUGGCAGUAUGCCUCUGGUGAAGAGACAGCCGUUUACACGCAGAGAGCUGAGUUAAGCAGGUGCUGCUGUUUCAUUCACACACUUCCAAAAGCACUUGUGUUCACAUCCAGCCAGAAUGGCUGUAAUAUAGCACCUUUACUUCCAUCACUGCUACAACCAUUAGAGGUGUCUGCUUGAUAUACUGAAGACAGAAGAGAUGGACAGGAGGAUUGUGGGAAGGGGAGGAAUUAAAAGGAGCAAAUAUAUAGUGCCAUGCUUCCUGUUAGUAGAGCUGGUGAUCAUGGCAGGAACGGUUCUCCUGGCUUACUACUUUGAGUAUACGGACACGUUCCCGGUGCACGUUCAAGGAUUCUUCUGCUUCGAUAAAGCCUUCUCCAAGCCGUAUCCAGGACCUGAAGAUGACAGCAAAGCUCCUCCGGUGCUGGUGUAUUCGCUGGUCACCGCCAUCCCCACCGUCACCAUUCUCCUGGGGGAGCUCGCAUCCUUCUUCACUAAACCUGAGGCCACGCAGGAGAAGACAAUUGUUACGGCUGACUGCUGCUAUUUCAACCCGCUGCUGAGACGCAUUGUCCGCUUCCUUGGUGUGUAUUCCUUUGGCCUCUUUACCACCACCAUCUUUGCCAAUGCAGGGCAGGUAGUGACAGGGAACCAGACACCUCAUUUCUUGUCUACCUGCCGUCCAAACUACACAGCACUGGGCUGCCACUCAGCGCUGCAGUACAUCACCGAGCGGCGAGCGUGCACCGGAAACCCUUACCUCAUCACCUCCGCACGCAAAUCUUUCCCCUCCAAGGACGCAGCGCUGAGUAUGUACUCAGCUGUCUAUACAGUGAUGUAUAUAACUCUGGUAUGGAGGACUAAAGGCACAAGGCUGACCAAACCCACUCUCUGUCUGACUCUCCUCUCAUUGGCUGUUCUGGUGGGCAUUGUGCGUGUAGCUGAGUACCGCAACCACUGGUCUGAUGUUCUAGCUGGAAAUCUCACCGGAGGAGCCAUCGCCGCUUUUCUGGUCACAUGUGUGAUCAAUAACUUCCAGCAGACCCAGUCUCAGCUGCCACCGUUACCGCCCCCUGUGUACCUUCCACGGCCGGAGCCCUCGCUCAACGUGCCCAUGGUGGCCAUGCCCUGCGUAGAGAGUCCACUCGAAAAGUUAAGUGGCCCUCAGCAGGUUCCAGGGGUUUUGUACACAGGCAUCACAUGACCAUCAGCCAUACCUGGCCCCCGCCCCUCCCGAUGUCCUCAUCCACUCACGUCGCUCCAUCUCCAGCGCAGUCUAGACAUGCCUUCAGAAUAUUCUACCUGCGCUCGCCCUAGACCCUCUCUCACAAGAGCAUACUCCACUCAGGUCUAGGGCCUCCCCGCGCUCACCUCUACUGCCCCCUGCUGGCUGACAGAGACAAUGACAGCAAUAGCCACUCAUUUGAAUCGGGAUUAUUUUGAAAUGACAGCCCCAUGUUCGUCGGAAUCCUCAUAGUAUCUGUCUUUUAUCUUUUGGGUGGGUGUUUUGUAUUAUUUUUACUAAAGGAAAGUGUUUCACCUGAUAAUAAUCUUCCAUCUCUGUAUAUUUGCCGUGUAUUUGCAUUAUUAAUGCCAGACAUUCUGUGUACAUUCUAAAAAGAUUUUUUCAUCUAACAGCCAUACAGAAACUGAAUAUCAACUGUGAAAUUUAAGAUUUGAAUUAAUAUCUACUGACAUUUAGGAGUUAAAAGAAGAAAAUCGAUUCUAUUUUUGGAAAUAUAGAUUGGUAGGAUGUAGCAAACUACUAGUAAGCAUAUUUGAAAGAUAAUAAAUAGAUUGUUAGCACUAUUUUUAUGGCUAAGUAUUUAAGAUAAGUAUCCAUGGAGCAAAUUAUUGCAUUAUUCAGAAAUAGGGUUAUAGAGAAUCAAUAGCUGUACAGAGACAGUUUUUAAACUAUUUAAUAAGUUUUCAGGAUGUGAAGGAGAUGAAUAUGUACAGGAUGUAGCAAAUGUUUUAUAUCUUACAUUGUAUAAAUUGGGAAUGUUUUCCCUUGGAAUUUUCCUGCUAGAAUUAUUGACAGUUUAAGUCAGUUUAGUGAUAUAAUCCAGAACCAAAAAUCCAGACACUAAGAAAUCACCUCAGGUUUCAUCCUAAGGUUGAUGGGAUACAUCUACCAACUGUCCGUGUCUCACAAAAGAUUAUACCAUUUUUUUUUGUAAAUAACUCUUUUUCUUCUCUUCUUCUUUUUUUUUUUUUUUUGCAUUUUACAUAGAAAUUACUGUUUUCAUUAAAACACUUCAUUCUGUAGAAUUUACUGUAGAACAUGUGUACAAGAGACUUGGGUGAAAUAAUCAUUUGUGAACUUUUUUUUUUUUUUUUUAAGAUUGUGAAACUGAAAAUAUCCUGUAAAGCUUGUUGUCAGACAUUUUGUCUAUUGAUGUUAUUGGCUAUUUUGUAAGCCAACAUUUUUCUACAUAGUUCAUCCACUGAAGGAAGUGAGAUAAAGCCUCUGUAUGUAACAUGGUGCUUGAAUGUGACUGUUCAGGUAUAGCCCUCCUAUCAACAUUUAAUUAAAAGGAAAUGGUCUGAA